CCUUAGUGAAGAACAAAAAAAAUCAAGAUGUCUAAAAUACUGUUCAUACUAUUCUCUGUCGUGAUAGCUUCGGUGCUGUCUGCUGAAAUACCAUCACAUGUCACUUUAGACAAACAGGAUAAUUUAAAGCCCGAUGUAUCCGAAGCUAUUGAAACCCAUGCGAUUUACAAAAAACCAUUAAAACCCGAAUUGGAACAUCACCCAGUGUACAGAGCAGAGGAACUUAAGAGUCAGGGUCGUGCAAGAAUUGAACCAGUGAGAUCACAUGGCCCGGUUGUUAAGCAUGAUAUGCUAGCAGAUGAGCCAGCUUCAGAUCCUGCAGUUGAUAAGGCCGAUAACUAUGGUUUUUCCAACCCUGUAGAAGUUGCUUACCCUGAUAUCCCUUACGCUCCCGGGUACGGCUAUGGAAAUGGAUUUACCGGACCAAAUGGAUAUGAUUUGUACAACCCCAUUGACUACUAUAUGGAACCUGAUACAUCAACCGCUGGAUUGCUUUGGAGCCAAGUUCCGGAUUCUAGGACUCUCGUAAGUUACGCUGGCAGGACUAUCAGUUGGAUUUUCAGCAGUAUUUUCGUCCUUAUGCUAGGCUCUCUGCUCACUGUAGGCGUUUGCAAUUACACCAAUCUUUGCAGCAUCACUUUCAACGGUGUCGGACCGAUCCACGAGGAGAUGAGAUCGUUGAUAACUCCCGAGAGAUUGGAGAGAAUAGGCAAAGCUGCCGACUUUGUGAAGACGGCCAUAAAUAGAUAUCAGAAGAUACAAAACAUUGCCGAGCCGGGCACAAGGAAACGUCGUUCCUCACGCUAUUAG